UGCAGAGGAGAAUCAGGCUGACUUCCCAGAAAUGCUGUGACCAGAAUAUUACACUGCUGAGAUUAUAUAACGGGAUAUAAAAUCUUAAACCUGCAGAGCAGCUUCGACUGAACACACACACCUUCUCACUCUGAACUUUAUCGACACCAUGGCCUCAUGUGGUGAAGGUACCAUAGAGACUGCAGCUGUGGGAAGACCGUUCCAGCUCGGCAUGCUGUAUGACUGCCGGAAGGAUGCUCUCAUUCCAGGUGUAACCUUAUGGGAUCUAAAGGAGCUACAAAAGAAUACAAGUGUGCAACAACAAAAUAAUACUGAGUUUAAUGUCACAGCAUCAGAUUCGAUUGAGGAGAAGUCCAAUUUGUUAAAGAUCUCUGGCUCUCUUAAACUGAGUCUGUUGGGAGGACUGGUGAACGUGAGAGGAUCAGCAAAAUAUUUCCAAGACACAAAGAAAUCUCAGAAACAAGCUCGAGUGACUCUUCAGUACAAUGCAACAACAAAGUUUGAAACACUGACAAUGUCUCACCUGGCUCAUGGACAGGUAUCUCAUCCUAAUGUGUUUGAAGACGACACUGCCACUCACGUGGUCACAGCCAUCCUGUAUGGAGCUGGAGCUUACUUUGUGUUUGACAGAGAAUCAUCAUUAGAGGACGAGACAAAACAAGUGGAGGGAGAAGCUAACCUCACCUUCAACAAGCUGAAAUUCCUCACAGUAGAUGCUGAGGCUUCAUUCAACAUGGAUGACAAAGAGAGAGCAGCAGUAAAAAAUUUUAGCUGCACGUUUCACGGAGACUUCAAGCUACCCUCCAACUCAACGUCCUUCACUGAUGCUGUGAAAGUUUGCAGGACCCUUCCUGACCUGCUGGGACAGGAUGGAGAACAUGCUGUUCCUCUCAGGGUGUGGCUAUACCCUCUGGUGAAGCUGGAUUCAAGAGCGGCAAGACUCCAAAGAGACAUCAGCCGUGCUCUCAUCACGUGCUCAUCAGAAACUAUAGAGAGUUUAAACAGGACAGAGAUGAGAUGCAGCGACCUCCUGAAAGACACCGCAGCAACAACAUUUCCUGCCAUGGAGAAGAAGGUUCAGGAUUUGAUGCAGAUGUGUCGCCAGUACAAGCUUGACUUCAUGCAGAAGCUCGGGUCAGUGCUUCCUUCAAUCCGAGGGGGUGGGAAAGAGGAGAGUGUCCUUGAGGAAAUCCUUAAGGCUCAUGAGAGGUCACCAUUCAACAACAAAGACCUGGAUCAGUGGCUAAAAACCAAAGGGAAGGAAUCAGAUACUCUGAAAUCCUUCCUUAAACAGCUGGACAAACUAGGUGUGAAAAUGGAAGACCAUCUGGAUGACCUGUUGUCUGAUUUAGAUGUCAGAAAUGUUGUGUGCUUUUCAUUUACCUCUGUAGACCAGCCUGAUGGUUUCCUGGUCAAACUGUCCAAUCAUCUCAGACCAGCAGGAAUGGUGGACUCUGCUGGAUCCUCUGAUCUACAGGACACGAACACAGACUGGCUCUCCAGUGAUACUCGACAGACAAUGAGGAAACAACUGAAACUGUUUGGAGAACUGAAGAAGUCCAGCAACAGUGAUGACACCAAAUUCAUAGUUACAUCAAAAUAUGCUGAGAGUCAUCCUGGAGCGUGUAUUUUCAUAUAUGAAGACGGGUGUGAUGAUGCAGUCUGUUUUGUUUCUCCAUCAAAACCUGCCACUCCAUCCACCACUGCAUCAUAUGACAGCUUCACAGUUACAGUAUCUGAACCAGACUCUGUCACUGUAGAGUACACAGUAGACUACAGACAGAAACAGCAGCAGGACACUGAAUGGACAUCUCACCCAGUGAAGAAGAACCAAGAGACAGUAACUCUGUCAGGACUAAAGCCAGACACUGAGUAUGAGAUCAGAGCCACAGCUGUGGGUAAACUCAGCUAUGCUGUCAGCAGUGAUGUCUGCAGGGCUGUAACCCUCACAGCAGUUGGUCCACCCACUCAGGUAAAAUACACUGAAGUGAAAGCAAACUCCAUCACUCUGACAUGGAGCAACCCGUCUGUCCAAUGCUGUGAAUCUGUGAAAGGAUACAUCAUUGAGUUCAGAGAGGAGAACAGCAGUCAGUGGCAGAGUAAAGAGACCAGAGAGGAGGUCUACACAUUCACUCUGAACAGCCUUAAACAGGAUGCAGUCUACUCCGUCAGGAUGUGCACAGAUGGAGGUGUUGGAGUAAGUCAGCCUGGUGAAGAACUCAAGGUUAAAACUAAGAAAGAACCACUGGAUGCAAAGAAGUUCACACUCAUCCAAGGUAAUCCACCAGUCUACCUACUUAAACUGAAACCAGCAGGAGUUGGUCAGGUCAAUAAAAAGGUUUUUGGAAGCGCACCAACCGGAAAGCAAUCAAACAAAACCAUUAUGGUUGUAGGUGCAACUGGAUCUGGCAAGACCACCCUCAUCAACGGCAUGAUCAACUACAUUCUUGGAGUCGAUUGGGAGGACAACUGGAGAUUUAAACUGAUAAGUGAAGAAACCAAUAAAACACAAGCCUGCAGUCAGACAUCAGAGGUGACAGCCUACCAGAUUUACCACACAGAUGGUUUCAAAGUUCCCUACUCUCUCACAAUCAUCGACACUCCAGGGUUUGGGGACACCAGAGGAAUCAAACAAGACAAAGAAAUAACAGAAAAAAUAAGACAGUUUUUCUCAGUCAAUGGUGGAAUUGAUAGCAUUGAUGCAGUGUGCUUUGUAGUGCAGUCUGCUUUAGCUCGUCUGACACACACACAGAGAUACAUCUUUGAAGCCAUCCUCUCCAUUUUUGGGAAGGACAUUGCCAGCAACAUCAUUGUUCUGGUCACCUUUGCCGAUGGCAAGUCACCCCCAGUCCUGGAGGCCAUCAAAGCUGCCAACAUCCCAUGUGCCACAAAGGAAGACGGGUCUAUUCUCCAUUUCAAAUUCAACAACUCUGUGCUUUUUGCCGAAAACACAGGAGUCAAGCAUGAGGACAACUUUGACUACAUGUUCUGGAAAAUGGGGAAAGCCAGCAUGAAUACAUUCUUCACUCAUCUAAAUACAAUGCAACCUCAGAGUCUGACCCUGACAAAGGAGGUUCUCCAAGAGCGCAAACAGCUUGAGGCGACUGUUGAGGGGCUGCAGCCAAUGAUUCGACAAGGUCUGUCAAAACUGGAGGAAAUACACAGCACAAAAGCUGCACUGGAAAACCACGAGACCCACAUGAAGGAGAAUGAGGACUUUGAAUAUGAAGUAGAGAUUGAAAAAUCUGAGAAGAUUGAUCUGGAACCAAGAAUCUUUGUCACCAACUGCCAUGGGUGCAACUAUACCUGCCAUUAUCCUUGUCAGAUACCAAAAGAUGAGCAUAAACAUGGGUGUGCUGCCAUGAAAAAUGGAAACUGCACAGUGUGUCCAGGCAAAUGUGUAUGGAGCGAUCAUUUCAACAUGAAGUACCGAUGGGAGACAAAACGUGUAACAGAGAAGAGGACGUAUCAGGACCUAAAGAGUAAAUAUGAGGCAGCUCUGGGGAAAAAGAUGGAUACAGAGAAAAUCAUUGAACAGUUGAAAGUAGAGUACGAGCAGGUGCAGGGGAAAGUUGUAGAAAUGAUGAACACUUUAACAAACUGCCUGCAGCGUCUGAGAGAGAUCGCACUUCGCCCAGAUCCUUUGGCUACUCCAGAUUACAUUGAUCUCCUGAUACAGACAGAGGAACAACAGGCCAAACCUGGAUUUAAACAGCGUAUUAAAGAGUUAAAUGAAGUUAGACAAGGUGCAGUUCUCCUGAAGAAGGUGGCAGAGGGACUCACUCUAACUGACAAAGAGACGUCAAAAUGGAAGAAGAUGAAGUCUACUGCUAAGGGGGUUUUCAACCAUGUUGUCAGUUGGUUUACUUCUGACAAGAGCAUGUGAAACAAUUAGCAGUACACAGAAGUUAUCAUUGUCUGUUUGCAGUAGGUAGGAAGUAAUUUUAGUUUCUCUGUGUACAAUCCUCUAGUUUAUGCUUGUGCUUUAAACAUUAUGAGUUUUAUGACAUGACCAUUUUAUUUUCAAUUAGAUCGAUGUGUCAAUGUGUUGAUAAAUGUAAAACUCAGCAAAAAAACAUUCCUGAUGAUGAACUCGUAUAUCAUUUACUUUUCUGGUUUAAUCUUUUUUUUUUUUUUUAGAUUUCAGGUCUGAUGUAAUAUCUUAGGUGUUUUGGGGUCCAAGCCCCCUCAUGAUAAUGAAAUCAAGGUUAUUAGGUUGUAGUCAAGGUAGUUAUUUACAUUAUCAUAUGUAAUCCCCUAAAGCCUUAUCUGUGGGGAUACUGUCUGUGAGAUGAGGUGUAGCUCGGUGUGAUUGUUGUGAAGGAUGAUCAUUACUUUCUUCAUUUAACCAACCUUCUCAUUUUUCAUCACUGGUUGUAAUUAUGUUGAAGUUAGAUCAUAUGUCACAGUAAUGUCUCAGUAAUUAACAGCUUUAGUGGUUAUGGUUGUUGCUGUUUAGCUCUAAUUUUACUUUCAACUUUUCCUGUGUAUCUGAAUCUAUUAAUGUAUCAUACAUCAUUGCCAUAUUAUAUAGUAUAAGUCUGCCUUAUCUUAUCUGUCUUCUGUAACUUGUGUUAGAGGUUUUGAAACCUGUUAAGGAAUAAACAUCAAAUUCAAACAUGUACUUCAAUCAACUCUUUGUGGGAUUCUGUCUCACUGAAGACGGUGAUAGAAAUCUAAAGAGACAGUCUAAGUGAUUGAUAACUAUCUGCCAUGUGUUAUUUUAUUGUAUUUUACUCCCUGGAGAGUUUAGUGAUGGAUUAUCACUCUGUAUCAUGACCUGCACUGCUGGACUAAAUGUAAUCAUUUGAUUUGUGCUCAAUAAAAAUUGCUUGUAUUGACACUCGA